AUGGCCGCUUUACGCUCUGCAACACGCUUUGUUGCUCCCUCUAGGUCUGUCCUGCGGUCGUCGUUCGCCGGAAGAUCGUAUGCCACCGUGACCGAAAAGUCGACAUAUGAUACCUCCGCUAGCAGACCGCCAAUCCCGGCAUCCAAGACGACGACUGUAGAAGAGCCCGUCCCCAGCAAAGAUGCGAAGAUCAAGACCUUCCAGAUCUAUCGAUGGAAUCCCGAUGAGCCUACCUCCAAGCCGAGGAUGCAGAGCUACACGCUGGAUCUGAACAAGACCGGGCCCAUGAUGCUGGAUGCGUUAAUCCGAAUCAAGAACGAGGUGGACCCGACACUUACAUUCCGACGAAGCUGCAGAGAAGGAAUUUGUGGUAGUUGUGCUAUGAAUAUUGAUGGUGUCAACACAUUGGCUUGUCUAUGCAGAAUCCCAACCGACACAGCAAAGCAGUCUCGGAUCUAUCCACUGCCACAUACAUAUGUGGUCAAGGAUCUUGUACCCGACUUGACCCAAUUCUACAAGCAAUACAAAUCCAUCAAACCUUUCCUCCAGCGAGACACCAAGUCCCCAGAUGGCAAGGAAUUCCGGCAAUCGCCUGCGGAUCGCAAGAAACUGGAUGGUCUUUAUGAGUGCAUCUUGUGUGCUUGCUGCUCCACAUCUUGCCCCUCAUACUGGUGGAACAGUGAUGAGUACCUAGGACCUGCAAUCCUGCUUCAAUCAUACCGUUGGCUGGCCGAUUCCCGAGACGAACGCAAGGCCGAACGGAAGGAAGCCCUCGACAACAGCAUGAGUCUUUACAGAUGUCAUACUAUUCUGAAUUGCUCGAGAACCUGCCCCAAAGGCCUCAAUCCUGCCAAAGCGAUCGCGGAAAUCAAAAAGGCAAUGGCAUUUUAA